CAAAAGGGACGGUCUGGCUGCUUGGCCCCUUUCAAUUUUCUGAAGGGAGCCAUUUCGUCUCGACGUAAAAUAUCACCAUUCGCAUUCUUUGGCGAUUUCAAGUAAUAACUGAAUGCGACAAGUGAACAAUGGCCAAGAGAAUGGGGAUCGAAGAGAAUGCUCCAAGCCGUCGUGCAAAUCUUGCAAACCGAGACUCGGCAAGUUCGGACCUGGUAAAUGAUCACUCUAAUCCUCAAGAAGUGACAGGUGCGACGAAGGCAGUCUUGCGAAAGAAAGAAGGCGCUAACGUCCAGAAUCAACGCAGCGCAUUAGAAAAAUCUACCAAUUCACCCAACGAUUUGGAGGAGAGGCGCAAACUAUUCGUUGGUGGGUUGCCUACAGACAGUAAGUAGUUCGAAACAAGAACUCAAGUCAUUAAGUUAGACUCMAGUAUUGAGAAAGUGUAUAGGAUUAAUGCUUUGGAUACUAAACUUGUCUGGCGGAUAAUUCAUUUCUAUCCACGUUCCUUUUCCUCUAGUUACUGACCCUGAAUUUCGAGAGUUCUUUUCUCAGUUUGGAGAACUCGAAGAAGCACUUGUGAUGUUUAACAGAGUCACUCGACGAUCUCGCGGGUUCGGAUUUGUGACUUUUGUUGAUGCGGUAAGUGCCAUAAUAAUUACUUCAGAAGGUAUGAAAAUUCUGGAUUGAUUUUCUAAUCUAUUUGUUGCCGGUGUCGAAAAUGUGCUCCAUUCAUACAUCAGAAUGUGUCGAAGUCUCUCUUGCAGACAGGAGACCAGGGCGAUGGAAUCGGACGACUUGAGAUAAGGGGGAAAACGUGUGAGAUCAAAGCUGCUGCUCCGAAAGGCCGUGCCCCUACUCGUGGGGAAAAGGCCAAUCGGUGUUACCGAGGCUCUCACAGCUAUCACAAAG